AUGGCAAACUUAUGCUAUACACCACCGCGGCACUGCCCGAGUGAUAUCUAUUUACCGCACCAGCUCAAGGACUGCGAAUUUGUAUUUGUACGUAAUGACUCUGUUAAGCGGCCUCUUACGCCGGCCUACACAGGCCCAUUCCGCGUUCUUAAACGCGCGGACAAAUAUUUCCAAAUACGAAAAGGUAUUCACACCGACAACGUUUCAAUAGAUCGGUUGAAACCUGCCUUUAUAGAGAAACCGUCGUCUCAUACUACUUCCCAAUCAACUCCGCAAGUUCAGGAGAAUUUCAAGACACCUGUCUCUCUCGACAAACCUAAGUAUACCAGCUCCGGUCGAAAAUUCAAUGUCCUGGUUUUUAAUGAUAAUACGAUUUCUUUCUAUCUAUCUAUCUAUCUAUCUAUCUAUCUAUCUAUCUCCUUCUGUUCAUAUCUAUCUAUCUAUCUAUCUAUCUAUCUAUCUAUCUAUCUAUCUGAGUCUCUUCUAAUCUAUAUACCUAUCUCUCAAUCUAUCUAUCUAUCUGUUGUGCUGGUGAGAUGA